AUGUCGUUAUCAAUUGGACUAGAAGAGGAUACUAGAACACAAAAUACCAUAGCAGAAACAGGUACUGAAUCAAAGUGCAGAGAAUGUAAUCUAGUCAACUUUAAUGCUUACUUCGGAAUCACAAUGGGACUAACUGGUGGUAUCACUGUUGCGAUAUCCGAUGUGUUUGCACUGUAUUGUAUCAAGGCCGGAUACUCCUUCCCAAUAGUACUCAUCAAAUCAAUUGUAGUAGUUUUAGUAACAACGCCUAUAAUGAUAUAUAACGAUAUCAAUAUAGCUAGUAUUGGAAAGAAAGAUGUUGUGCUGAACUGCUUGAAAGGUGUUGCUGAUACAAUUGCAGAUAUUCUAGCAUAUUAUGCUAUGCACAUUAUUGGUAUUGGAGACAGCUUGGCCAUUUACUUUGCAACAGUCAUUAUUGUUGUAUCGUUAUUUACAAGUAUAUUAAUGAGAGAAAAGAUCAAGCUACAUGGUGUGUUAAGUAUUUUGUUGAAUAUAACAGGUAUUGUGCUCAUCACACGUCCUGAGUUUCUUUUUGGCGAUGUAUCAAGUCGAGCAGACAGCAAACCGAUGAUUGGUUACGUUUAUUGCAUCACUUCUUCACUGUGUACGGCAUGUGGAAUAAUAUGUGUACGUGCUAUGAAAUCAAACCUUCCUCUGACAGUUCCACCAUUCUUCAAUGGAAUAUUUGGCGCAGUGUUUUCACUACCAGUAGUAUAUCUGACAUGUUCUGAUGCUAUGUGUAUUUUCAGCGUUUUAAUCCACAAUCCGAUUCUCCUGGCAUACUUAUUUGGAAUGAAUGUGACGUAUUUCAUCAGUAUGUACUGUAUUAACCGUGCUCUGCAAAUAGAGAAAGCAUCGACAAUUACAGUUGUUCGAAAUAUCAGUGUGAUAGUAAGCUUUGUUUCCGGUGUUGUUGUUUUUCACGAUUCCGUAGUGGUUCUGGAAAUAGUUGGUACUGGUCUUAUUAUUCUCAGUACGGUGAUUAUUGCAGUUGCCGUGCAAAGAGAAAGUCAUACGAAAGUCGACGUACAACCUUUAAAACCUAUACUACGGAACAAUAUAAAUGUUUAUAGCUGA